UUUGAAACCUUUCUAAAGAUGUCUUGAAGUGGUCACAUGCAAGUUCAACCGAUAAAAAUGAUCCAGUGGUUUGACUUGUCGAAGACAAUAGUGAACAAAAAAUUAAUUAGUCAAACAUAGUUUAUAUUUAAAUAAAUAUUAGUUUAACUAGGUUAAUAAUGGAUCAAAGUACGUACCGAGAAAUGGAGGAACGAAGAUCUAUACGUGACAUUAGUAAAAACUUAAAAAAAUACGGUAGUACUUCUAAGCACGUAAUUCGUAAUGAUAAUUUAAUAAAACACUUCGUUAGUAAAACGGACACACUUCCAGGAAUUGCUUUAAAAUAUGGGACAACGACUGAACAAAUUAGGAGAAUAAACAGAUUAUGGGCAUCAGAUAGUUUAUUUUUACGUGAAUAUUUACUAGUUCCUGUAAUUAAUAAUUCAACAGCAACAACGUCUCAACAAAAUAAUGAGACUGACAAUUCUGUUGAAGCUAAUACUUGCUCAGACCCAAGUGCUUCAGCAAUGUCUUUAUCAAUGAAUGACGACGGUUCAAUCGAUAAUUUUUUAGCUAGGAUGGAUUCUUCAAUAGCUACUGUCAAAAAAGAUAUUCAAAAAACCCAGGGAAAUAGUGCAUUUUGUCGAGAUGAUGACAUAUUUGUUCAAAGAAGGCCGAAAGACCGUCUACGUCACUCACAUCCCCAAUCAUCACCAUUGUUUUCAUCAUUAUCAUCACAUACAGGACCAGUUAAGUCUUCAUCAGAAGAUGAUGUUCAUGAUCUUCCAUCCGCAGUUGUUAUGACGCAUGGAAAAAAAUUAAAAACUUCGCUCCAGAAACUUCAGCAACAACAAGAUGAAAUAUUUCAAUUGUAGCGAAGAUUGUAAAUUAUGUAAAUGGCAAAUUUAUAUUUUAAGGAUAAUUUUACGCAACAAAUAGAACAAAAAAUUAUUGAGAGUAUUAUUAUUAUUAUUAUCUUGGAGAU